AUGACGGUCGCCUUGACUAAUAUCGGGCGCUCGAGCGCGAACAGCGCCUUUUCGGCUAAGUCGAAGAAGCUAGCCUAUCCUAGGGUGGGCGGUCGUAGCAUGUCGUAUCUAAGCCGACCUCAUCAGGGUCCGCAGCCCAGCGGCAUCCGCGUGGAAGUCGCGCGCACCACCCUCUCUUCCCGCACGACAUUGGCUCAUGACUCUCCAGGCGAUGCGCUCGAGCUGUCGCCGUCCGCGACACUGACUCCUAAGCGCGAGCACGAGCCGUCGCUAACCCUCUCCGGGCGCACCCGAAUCGUCAAGCUCGAGACUCCACCCUCCAUGUCGAUUGAUUCGCUUGUCGAGCCGAGACCAGCGCUGACCGAUCAGACACACACGCUCAAUCUCCCAACCAAGCGCGCACCUGCCCCCAGCCGAUUCAUUCCCACCGCCCACGCCGGGCUGCGAAAGAAUCUGCUCGGCUAUCAGCACCGACGAAAGACGGUCAAGAGGAGGAACGCUGUCUCGCUGAGCAGGGCUCAGGCAGCGCUGCUCGCUGCCAACUUGGCCCGCGUUCAACGUUCCGCUUCUGCAUUCGAGGGGAGAAACAAGGAGGAGGAACAGGAUGAUCCGGCGUGCAAGGAGGAACAACUGGUCUCUAAGCAGGGGGAAUUGGAGGACAGCUUCGAAACGUGCGAGCACGAGCCAGAGUCGGAAGAGCAGAAGCGCGAAACCAUGACCAUGGCAAGCGGCGGGAGGAUAGCCGGCGCGAGAUUUGCUGCUAUCGCCCUCAGACCCGGUUUGUUCCUCGUCACCCGAUGCGACGGGCUGCCGCUCGGAUGGCCUCUGAAGCCUCUGCCGGUUCCACAUGCGUAG